AUGCCAUUAUUACAUACAUAUCUUACCGUGGCUCCUGCAGACCAAGACAGCGAUACUGCUACCGUCGAUGCCAGGGUGAACAUCUUGGGUCUCAACGUGCGCGUUCCCGGUUUAGAGAAAGACCUGUGCGAGAAGGUCGUUCAGUGUCCCAUCAUCAAGGGCCAGACCUACGACGGUAUCAUGAAAGUGCACAUUCCGUGGUUCGUUCCUCCCAUGAAACAGAGUGUGAACGUCAAGGUCCUGGGAGACAAAGGACUUAGCAUUUGCGUUAACAUGAAUGUGACCAUCAGAUAAAACCUUGC